UUUUAUAUUAUGGCCCAAAGUGCAGUCUAAACAGCUGAGUUUUCAGUCUGCAACGGAAGAUCCGCAGCCAAACCACAAUAAUUUCCCAAAGUUCUGUAGGAUCAGAUACUUAACCCACUUGAUUAGGAGAAAGUUUAUGUUUUUGCACAGGAAAUGAGUUAAACUUCCAACAUAUCUGCCGUUAAAAUCUUAUUCUUCAUCUUCAAUCAUUUGCAGCAUUACAGGUGGAAGUGAAAAUGAGCCCUGUGCAAGAUGGUGACCUGUUAAACAAUCCCAAUCUUGAUUGGUUUGCCACUUUACUUUUUUCAUCAAAGGAUAUGGCUACGUUAGAGAUAGGGGAUGUUAAUCUUCAGCACCUCUUUCACACGCCUCCUUUGAGAGCUGUGCAAUUAUAAAAAUGAACGUGUGCAAUUGUGAUUGCAUUACUAUAGGAGUCAGACCCGGUUUUAUUUGAAAACUUGAACAGAGUCAGAAUGAAAUACAGAGCAGGCUUUCUGAAAGUGGUAUGCGCCUGUGUUGUGAUUCUGACGCAAAGCUUAGAUGCAGGACAUGUACCAAAGAAACAUGCUGCUAGUGUUCCAUGCAGUCCCAGAGAUCUGGCAGCCCUCACCAGAAGUCGAGUUAAAGAGAGCUUGACAGAUUUUGAAGAAGCUAAUGGGAAGCACCUUGGCACAUGGCCACCUGGCUUCCCUGAGCUCCAGGUCCACCAGAAUUCUCCCCUCGAUGGGUCAAAAGUUCAGUGUGGCCUCCUCUUCAUGGCACAAGGCCUAGAGGAAGUCCUUGAGGAUCAGAGGAAGAACCUGAAUCCCAAAGAUGUCUCACUUCACAAGAAGCUCAGGGACACCAUCUCCACGGUCAACAUGCUCGCAGCGUGUGUGAAGGAAACUUUCAAGUGGGAAUGCUCCCUGAAACCAUCCCCACCAGAAAUGCCCACAUAUGCGUUUGAGAGGAAGCAGUGGAGUCACACUCUGUUGAAGACAGCCAAGGAAUAUCUGGGCUGGCUGGAGAGUAAGCUCAUUAAGGUCCAAAAUUCAAAGAUCAACGGGAAAAAUAAGAUAAAACAUAUAGCUACUAAGGAAACAUUUAAGAAGUAUUUUGAGGGGAGUGGAAAGCUUUUGUAAUUUUUUAACAUAAGUUGAUCUCAGUUUGUGAUGCAAACAUGAUUACGGCAGCUUUUUUUAAUCCAAGAUGUGUUAAUGCUUAUAUAAAACCAUUUUCACAUUUAUUUUGGAUUGUACGGACUGAUUUAAUGUAAUUUUCCAAAACAUUUUUUAUUUUAUUUUAUGUAUAACGCAACUUGAUAAAAUAACUGUUUAUAGAAGAAGUGUGACAUUUUUUUUUGCUGUCUUGCUGACAGUUAGACGAGAAGAUCAAUACCAGCUUAGUUUAGCAUUAAGACUGGCAGCUAUCCAGGCUCCAUCCAAAAAAACAGAAUCUUCCUUCCAGCACAUCUAAAGCUAACUAACUUACACAUUCCAUCGUGUUUGCUUAAGUCCAGCAAGAAACUCCUGUUAACACUAUAAUUUGGCAUUUUCCACAUUUGUUUUUGUGGGGAUUAAACAAAUGGCGUGUCAGAUGGCUGGUAGCUAAGAUGACCAGUUGCUAGCUGUGGCUUCAUAUUUACUUUACAGUCAGGAGUGGGAUCGACCUUCUCAUCAAACUCUUGGCAAGUUUGCAAGUGUAUUUCCCAAAAUGUCAAACUAUUUCAUUAAACGCUAUAUCAGAAAUGGCUUUGUAAAAAACAACUGAUACUUUUCAACAACUGACGCCGUUCCCAUGCGACAGUAAUUAAUCAACUUGCCAAAGAGGCAAAUGAAAAGGGGCUCUAAUAUAUUUCUUAAUUACGACAGUUUGUUUUCUCAGCCUUCACAAUGAUUAAUUAUUUUGCUCUGGCCAUCUAUCCCUUGUGAGCAGGCUACGUUGCCUGAGGUAGAAUGAGAAGCUGAUAAGUAUCACCGUCAGAGAGCCACCAGGUUGGACUCCAAUCACUGUAUACCAUGGUGAAAUUUGUGGACAGAUGGACAGUGCACGGUAUGGCAGAUAAGUCUGUCAAACUCCCAUCAAAGCAAUGCUGGAGAACAACAACACUGUAACAAAGAUUAAUGUGGGCCUUGUCCUCCACAAAUUAAGUGAUCAAUUAAUAUUCAAUUGAAGUUCUAGUGUUUCAGGUCUGAAUGUGCUUCAAAUUAAGUCUACACAAUGUUGAAAAUAAGUAAGUUCCUGAUAUUUUACAUACUUCUGAGAACAUUUCCCAAUUUUACAUAUUUUCCUACACAAGCUUGUCCUGUCUUUCUUUCAUUUUUCAAAGCUUUUUGAAUGAUUUGACUGUACCUUGUUUGUGCACUUUUUUCAUUAAUAUAAUGUUCAUUUUGU